AUGGUCUCCUCGACCACAACGACGCGGCCAAAGGAGACCGUCGCCGCCCCGCGGCUCGUCGUCUCGGCGUCCCCGCAGUCGGCCCCGACCGUCCCUCGUCGUCACGCUCUCCCUCGCGACGUCGUGGCCUGGGUCCCCGACAGCCUGGCCGAGCGCUGCUACAGCUGCCAGACGGCCUUCUCGCUCAUGCUGAGGCGCCACCACUGUCGACGCUGUGGCAACGUGUUCUGCGACACGUGCUCGUCUGCGCGCAUGCCAUUGGUCCAUUCGACUUGCCACGCGCCUGUUCGCGUGUGUGCGAAAUGUUCCGUCGCGGCGAAGAAAGCGCAUGCAAAAAUGGUCCAGCAGCGCCAGACGGGGCAGUUGCACGUGGACCACAGGGCCACCCGACGCCAUAGUGAGACGGCGGGCGGACUAGGAGAGACAGAUGCUAGUGGGCGGACGGGGCGGUUCGUCUCGAUGUCGGACCACUGUACGGGCGGAUUCUUCGAUGGCCAGGAGGACUCGAGGGCGCGGGUCGGACGCAUGGACGGGAUGGCCAACGCCAUGGACGACCGACGGGAUGGGGCCAGUUUGUUUAUAGGCAGAGAUGUGGGAUCGAGGGACCUGGGUACGUCAGGGUUUCAGGCCAGGAACGGGGACAUUCUCACGUCGAAUGGCCGACGACGACGACGACAAGACGAGCAGGUGCAACCACACUUGCAACAAUUACAACGAGUGCUGCUGUCGGCGUUGCCUGCGUAUCAGAGAGACGUGUCAAGUGGAAGUUACAGUGAUCGAGAACGAACGACGAGUGACGAGACAGAUGAUGGAGGUGCACGGACUCUCAAUCAGGGUUCGAAUCGGUAUGGUAGAGGCAGGUUCCAGACGCUGCCGGGUGAAGCCGUGCUGGUGAGGAAUGACGAUGUGCGCUUGCGGUUUUUCGAUCAUGUGGAACAUGUCGGGAGGUUGUACGUGACCAACUUUCGACUUGUGUUUAGCCCGGAGUGGAACGGGUCAGGGCAUGAAGAUCGUGGAGCACGAUGCGAGCUGGAACAGGCACGCGGAACGAGGAACACGGACAAUCAGGAGCUCGUCGUCGAUGCGUGUGGAUUACAUGCAACGUCAUAUGAAGCGUACCAAGCGAUUCCACUCGUAACGAUUGAGCGUGUGAAGCGAAAGGAGAUGGUGGAGACUGAUAGUGGACUCUUGGAAGUUGUAGGCAAGGACUUUCGCCGGCUGCAAUUUGUCUUUGAAGGCUUGGUGUCGAAGCAGACGUUUAGCAAAUUCGAUCGCUCGUAUGUGCUCGCACGACUGCACGCAUUAGGUGAACCAGAAGGAAAAGUGGACGAGUUUGCAAAGUUUUCGCUCGAACGAUUCGAUGGUAUUAAUGGUGUAGUAGAUGGCUGGAAGAUGUUUGAUGCGGUGACAGAGUUCCAGCGAAUGGGUAUAUCUACGUUUACAGAUCGCUGGCGACUCAGCUACAUUAAUGAUGAGUACGAUCUAUGUCCAACAUACCCAUCAGUAUUGGCUGUGCCUGCCGCCGCUUCGGAUCGGGUGCUCGCAGUGGCCUCGAAAUUUCGGUCGAAAGGACGAAUACCUGUUCUUUCGUGGCGUGAUCGUCAUACAGGAGCAGUGAUUUGCCGCAGCAGUCAGCCACUUGUCGGGCUUGGACAAAAGCAGUGUGAUAAAGACGUGUUCCUCAUUCAAGCGAUUGCGGCGACAAACCCUUCCUCGACCAAACUUGUGAUCAUAGAUGCGCGACCCUGGAGAAACGCAGUCGCACAAAAGACUGUCGGUCGGGCUGGCUAUGAACUCACUGAACACUACGAGACUCGACAUGCCACAGCUAAGCUGAAGUAUGCAGAUAUGGUUGCAUCUGAGCAUAAUGCAGCAGCGGCUGCUGCUGUAUCUGCUGUUCCUGCACCAGAAACCAUGGCUGAAACAUCUGUCGAUAGAGACUUGCAAUAUUUGGAUCGAUCUUUCGGAAGCAAUGGAUCCGACGGUGGUGACGGAGGCAGACACACUCUGGAGGCAACGAAGCCGUCAUUGGUUUUGACAGAGUGCAAGCUGAUAUUCAUGGGUAUCGAAAAUAUUCACACAAUGCGUAAAAGCUACCACAAGCUUAUGGACUUGUGCACGACGAAGCAAAACAACGACAAGUGGCUAGACCAGUUAGCCUCUACCCACUGGAUGGACCACAUUUCUCGUAUUUUAGAAUCAGCAGUUGAAAUUGCACGCAUCGUCAAGGAGCAGAAGUCAAGCGUCUUGAUUCAUUGCAGUGAUGGUUGGGAUCGUACAGCACAGCUGACAUCGCUGACAGAGCUGUUGAUCGACCCUCACUACCGAACAGUUGUCGGAUUCCAGCUACUGAUCGAGAAGGAGUGGUGUUCGUUCGGCCACAAAUUUAGAGAUAGAACGGCGCAUGGGACCGGUAGCAAUUCCAACGAAUUCUCUCCGAUAUUUUUGCAGUGGAUGGACUGCGUCUGGCAAGUUCUGGCCCAGUUUCCGAGCGCUUUCGAGUUCAACGAGCGGUACCUCAUCCUUAUUCUUGACCAUCUGUACUCGUGCCGAUUUGGUACAUUCCUGUACAACUCGGAACGUGAGCGCCUGGAGCAGGAGUCAAUCCAUCCGACGCAGUCCCUGUGGUCCUAUCUCAGCACGAUCGAUCACGCAAUUGUGGUGAAUCCUUUUUACCGCGUGCAAACAGCAUCUCGCACGAUGUACCAAGUGGGCGCUACAGCCACAGGGCGGCAGCGCUUGGAAAGAACGUCAGCGCCGUCGUACGGAAGUUUACCUAAUGAAAGGGUCAGGAAUGGAUUUGACUUGUUCGCUGGGUCUAAUACACGCUGUGAUUUUGCCACUGAGGAAGCGUGCAAAAGUGCUGGGUCUGUGCAUUUGUCACCAUUACGCCCCAAGACCGAUUUAGCUGAUACAGGCACGGGUGCUCACUUUGAGCCUGAUGCGCAACGCCACCGUAUCGGUAAUGAUGGUUUGCCUCAAAGAGGCAAUGGCAUGGACCACAGGAGUGAGUCAGAUGCGCUAAACAUGCAGUCAUCCUGCCACCAUAAACUUGUAAUAAUGCGCGACCUCGAUUCGGGCUUUUCAUUCCCGCAAUCUCUAGACGCGUCGUCCGCAUCCAAGUUUACCUCCCCACUACUGGUCGCACCGCGCUCUCGAUCAUUCAACUUUUGUUCGAAUUCGGGCGACGGUGCAGCUGUUGGAAGAGGGUUGACACCAAAUUUUCGCUCGUCCAUGACACCUUUCGUGGUAUCCGUAGAGGAGCUAUCUGCGAAUGCUAUGUGGACUACCCCUGGCACUGAGACUGCAGCUGAGACCGAUGAAACCGGUAGUUAUAACGAUUCCUCUUUUUGCGAAGAUGUGAUCAUACCGUCCAGCUCGAUGAAGUCGCUUCAUUUUUGGGUCCACUAUUACCUGAGAUGGGAUCUAAACAGUCAUUUCGACCGAGAUGCAAGCGUUGAAUUGGAAACGUUGCAUCUAGGUCUGAUACUGCAGAUCAAAGCAUUAACGAAGCAGAUCGAUAUCGUUCGGGAGGAUGAAGCUGGAAAGUGGGAGCUCAAGAUGCAGACGCAGUGCCUGUUCGAUUUACAGAACCGCUGUGACUGCAUUGGGACUACCACAAACAUUGUGUCACCAUCAAGAGGCCGCUAUCGUUGCAAUGAGCGAGCAAUAUCGGGAGACAGCACAUCUUCUCAGGACUCCGGAUUUGGGGCAUCGAUUGCCACAGAUGGGAAGGAUGCUGUUGCGAGCUCGAGAGAUCUUGAGACCCAGAUCGCGAGGCUGAAGUCGCAAAAACUCCGAAGACUUCGAGAAGCAGAAGAAAUCUAUCAGGAAGAGCUUACCCGCUUGCUACAGGAAGCUGAUUGA